AUGCUGCACCAGCCGACGGCCCCAUGCACAAGCCCACCUCUCGCUGCGGCGAAGAGCCUGGAGGUCAAAAAGAUCUUUUUCUUCAAAAACUGGCAAAAUAAAAGGAAAAUAAAUCGCUUUUUAUGCACAAGACCCAAUUCCUGGCAGCACAGCUCACCCAGCCAGCCACACCAGAAGCCAGGCCCCGUCGCCGGGGGCGCCUGCUGCUGCUUCCCCUCAGCUGCUGCUGCUGCUGCAGCCCGUCCCGGGGCCCUCCCCCGGUCUGUCUCUUCCCUAGGGGGCCCUUGGGGGCCUCUGGGACCCCUGCGGCCCUUGGGGGCCCUUAAGUUCCGCUUUUGGCUCUUCAGGGCCCCCAGCGACGGAGAGACAGCGCGGAGCUCUGCUGCUGCUGCUGCAGCACGGGCUGCCCCCCACUGCCCCAGGGGCCCCCACGCUGUGGGGCUAAAAGAAUCCUCUUUCGCUGCAUUUUAA